GAGGCGGGGCGGCGAAGCCGGAAGCGGGGACCGGGCGCCCGGAGCGCAGGGUUGCCUAAAGGAAGAGAAAUGGAACUGAAAAAGUUAAGCAUCUCGUUGGUUGUGGUCCUGGUUCUGGUCUUGGUCCUGCAAAUUUUGUCUGCAGUGGAUUUUGACCCAUACAGAAUCCUUGGGGUUAGCAGGACGUCCAGCCAGGCUGACAUUAAAAAGGCUUAUAAGAAGCUCGCCCGGGAAUGGCACCCUGACAAAAACAAGGACCCAGGAGCAGAAGAUAAGUUUAUACAAAUUAGCAAGGCCUAUGAGAUCCUCUCCAAUGAGGAAAAGAGAUCAAACUUUGAUCGUUAUGGAGACGUGGGUGAGAACCAGGGGUACCCUCAGCAGCAGCAGCACCGCCAGUUCCAUCACUUCCACGAAAGCUUUUACUUUGAUGAAUCCUUUUUCCACUUCCCGUUUAAUUCGGAGCGACGAGACUCCUCCGAUGAGAAGUACUUGCUGCAUUUUUCGCACUACGUGAACGAGAUUGUACCGGACAGUUUCAAAAAGCCCUACCUCAUUAAAAUAACCUCGGACUGGUGCUUCAGCUGUAUCCACAUUGAGCCAGUGUGGAAGGAGGUUGUUCAGGAGCUAGAGGUGUUGGGGGUGGGAAUUGGAGUCGUCCACGCUGGGUAUGAGAGACGCCUCGCACAUCACCUGGGAGCACACAGCACACCCUCCAUUCUGGGACUCAUUAAUGGGAAAAUAUCCUUCUUCCACAAUGCGGUCAUCCGAGAGAACCUGAGGCAGUUUGUAGAGAGCCUUCUUCCAGGGAACCUCAUAGAGAAGAUUACAGAUAAAAAUUAUGUCCGAUUCCUGUCGAACUGGAAGAAAGAAAAUAAACCCCAUGUCCUUCUGUUUGAUCAUAUGCCAGUAGUGCCAUUGUUAUACAAGCUCACUGCUUUUGCAUACAGAGAUUAUUUGUCCUUUGGAUACGUGUAUGUUGGUCUCAGAGGGACUGAAGAGUUGUCCAGACAAUAUAACAUCAACGUCUACACCCCCACCAUGAUGAUCUUCAAGGAACAUAUUGAUAAGCCUGCCGAUGUUAUUCAGGCACGAGAGAUGAAAAAGCAGCUCAUUGAUGACUUCCUUUCCCAGAACAAGUUCCUUCUGGCAGCCAGACUCACCAACCAGAAACUGUUUCGUGAGCUGUGUCCUGUGAAGAAGUCUCACCGUCAGCGGAAGUACUGUGUGGUUUUACUUACUGGCGAGGGUGACAAGUUUGCUAAGACCUAUGAGGCCUUUGUGGCCUUUGCUCUGGCAAACACGAAAGACACCGUGAGGUUUGUGCAUAUCUACGACGACCGUCAGCGAGACUUUGCCCAGGCCUUGCUGAUGGAUGAUGAGAAAUAUUGGGGGAAAUCUGCCGUGGCCAUCUUGGAAAGGCGCAAUAAUGUAGGAAGAGUGGUCUAUAAAAUAUUGGAAGAUGCCUGGGAGGGCAGUGAAGAGGAUAACUUCAUUCUUUUGGAUCUUCUGGCUCAGUUAAGAACAGACCCUGGUCUUCUCUCUUCAGACACUGUCCUGCCAGACUUGAAUGAUGAACUUGCUCCUGUGUUCUUUCUCCGAUGGCUCUACUCCGCAAUAGAGUAUGUCUCGGACUGCUGGGAUAGCGUAUUUCAUAAUAACUGGCGGGAAAUGAUGCCACUUCUGUCCCUGAUCUUCUCAGCCCUCUUCAUUCUCUUUGGCACUGUUAUUGUUCAGGCUUUCAGCGACUCGAGCGAUGAAAGAGACUCUCCUCUCCCCCAGAAAGAAGAACCCAAUGAAAAGAAUGAAAAGAAUGACACGACCUUCAGCAAAGAGAACAGCAGGAUUCCCAAAAAGGGCUUUGUCGAAGUGACUGAGCUAACAGAUGUUACCUAUACUAGUAACCUGGUGCGCCUGAGGCCGGGUCACAUGAAUGUGGUUCUGAUCCUUUCCAACCCCACCAAAACCAGUCUACUUCAGAAGUUUGCCCUGGAAGUCUACACAUUCACAGGGAGCAGCUGUCUUCAUUUCUCCUUCCUGAGCCUCGAUAAGCAUAGAGAAUGGCUGGAGUAUUUGUUAGAAUUUGCCCAGGAUGCUGCCCCCAUUCCAAAUCAAUACGAUAAACAUUUCCUGGAGCGCGACUACACCGGUUACGUCCUAGCUCUAAAUGGCCACAAGAAAUACUUCUGCCUCUUCAAGCCUCACAGAUUGGGGGAUGAAGGGGGAACCAUGGGGUCCUGUGAGGAUUAUGACCCCUUGCUACAUACAGGAGAAGCCCGAGGAAAAUCCUCCUGCAGUCCAGGAUCCAAACAAGCUAAAAACCAAUUAAGCAAGUUGUCCUUAUGGAUGGAACGUCUCUUAGAAGGUUCCUUACAAAGGUUCUAUAUUCCAUCCUGGCCUGCAUUAGACUGAAGGGAUUUAAAAGAGAUUCUAACGCUACAAACUUUUUAAGAUGACAACCAUGGACAAUUCUUUCCAGGAAUAAACAGUCAUGACAAAUGGACAGUAGGUUUUAGAUGAACUCUCCUAGGCCCAGUGAGUAGAAGUAUCUUCCUUCAUCUUUGACCUAGGAGUGAAAGAUGAAACGUACUGACGUCCUCUGUACCAAAUUGUUCUUGUAUUUGAAUGCUGUACUAUCUAAGACAAAACCCAGUCUAUUUUCCUUUAAUGUCCUGCUCACCACAUCGCCUCUGUCCGGUUUCUUGUUUUUUCUCAGUUGAAGAAAACCUAUGAGUUCUUUGCAACGGUAACUCAGUUUGGACUGAAUACAAUGAACUUGUUACGUAGGUCAGGUCCCCUUCUCAAUGCUUAGCUCACAGUGCAUGGUGUGAUACUGGGAGGACCCCACAGAAUCUCCCCAGCCUCUGCAACUCUGAAAGGCCUCAUACCAAGCAUUCUUAUUUAUCAGCUUUCCCUGCGGUAAGUGAUUUAGGAGUGUGGUUGGGGGUAUCUCCCUUGUAGCAAACCGAUAGCCGGUAUUUACAGACGGUGGGGGCUCGUAGGCGAUCUGCAUGUUUCAUGCUCCUUGUGUAAUAGUUCCAUGUGCAGCUUCACCGGCUAAGCCAUAAGCAGGGAGGGAAGGGGAUUAACACAGCCGUAAAUACUGUAAAGAUGUUGAGCCAUUUAAAUGUACAUUGUUUUUCAGAUGCCUUUUUGCUUCUGUCGAUUUUUAGACUGUCUCUUAGAGCCAUAACUUUACCCAUGUCCUCAGAUUGUAGGCGUAAGCUGCUAUGAGCCAGUAGACAUGUAAAAGAAAAUGUCAAUACCUGCUAGUGAAUCAACUUGGACACCUUUCAAACAACAAUGGUACAUCUCUAGUACAAUAUCGACACUUCUUUGUAUCAAGGAACUUAAUUCUUUAAUGAUUGUAUUUUUGAACUAUGUUGCCCAAAAAGUGCUGUCAUCGGAUCGUCUGUUACAUGUGGAACUAGUUUUGUUGUAGACAGACGUUUACAAGAUGCUUAGUUUCAGCUUCUCUCGCUUUGUUUUUAUCCUCAGCUCAAAGGUUUCUUAACAUACAGGUUGCCCUUUUUUUUUUUUUCUUUCUUUAAACAUAUGGUUCAGUGUAAAACUGGAAUGGUUCUAGGCUGUGGAGUUACUGUACUUAAUUAUAUCAAAUGGGCUCCCCUACCAGCCAUUUGGCUUGCCCAGGGAGCUGGCUUUUUGUUAGUGACAAGUAGUCACAAGGAGCUGCUACCUGAACGUCCAGGUAAAAGGGAAAGGUUUCUUUUCAAAGCAGGGGACUGUAAUCUUGUGACACUGCUACUUCCUUUUUUCUCUCUGUUAAUCCGCGUAGACUCAGUCACUUUAUCUGAUGUUUGCUGUAAACUUAAUAAACUUCUCCAAAGUGGCCUGGAUAGGAAUCUGAGGCUUCCACAUGAGUAGGUCAUGUUAUGGUACAUGAUGGCCAAAUCCUGCAUGAGUUUUCCUCUGAUUCAGGUUGAGAUUUGGGCCUAGUCUUCACUUACUGGCUGGUCCGGCGGCACGCCAUCGAUGUUCUGGGAUCAAUUUAUCGCGUCUGGUUAAGACGCGAUAAAUCGAUCCCGGAUCGAUCCCGGAAGUGCUCUCAGUCGGCGCCGUUACUCCAUCUCGCCGAGAGGAGUACGCGGCAUCGAUGGGGGGAGACUUCCUGCCGCGUCUGGACCGCGGUAAGUUCGGACUAAGGUACUUCGAAUUCAGCUACGUUAUUAACGUAGCUGAAUUUGCGUACCUUAGUCCGAUUUGGGGACUUAGUGGGGACCAGGCCUAACUCCUGAGUAGCAUUCUGAACCUUAGUGUGAAGCACUCCUACAAGCAGGGGGGUUUACUUAAAAACCUCACUGCCUUCCCCUCUCUCCAACAGAGCAGCCCAGUACUAUGGGUAUAUAUUCCACCAAGUGAGCCACCCUCUGACCCAAACGAGAUCUAGGACUAUUCAAGCAACCUGAUUGGCUGAACAGUCCUCAGAGCUUUAUAACGGUGAGAUAGUGGCCCACUGAAUUGGUGACUUGCUGCAUUCUGCUUGGCUUAAAGAACAGACGAGCUUCAUCUAACAAAAGACCACUUGAACAAUACUCAUAAUGCUCUUAUAUAUAAGGGUACUGUCAGGUUAAAAUAUUAGACUUAACCGACCUUACCUAUGUUACUUAAACCAAUGGAGUUUAAUCUGUAAAGUCCUAUCUGCAGCAUGAACCGUUUUGAUUACUGAGCACAGGCUAUGAGAAGGAAGGAGAGGAGUUUUCGUCUGAGGAGAUAUGUAGAAAUAAAAUGCUGAAAAACCCAGGCAUUAGACUGUCCCUGAACUAACCUUAAGCAGCAGACUGACUUUUCUCUCUUUGUGCUGUUUCUGUUGAAGCCGGUGCUUUUGUUGGCUUGGGUAAUGAAAUGGCCUGGUUAUUUUUUGUGUUUGUAGCCAGUUCUGCCUUUUGGGUCUUGCAUGGCAUAACACAGUGCUGUAAACCCCAGAGUUGGACACACUGCAGAAGAAUCCAGAUUUAAAAAGAAAACAUUUGACCCUCUAAACACAGCUGAACAAUGGAGCAGGUUAGGCCCAGGAGGAGGAUUUACAAAAGCUGGCUGUUACUGUUUCUUCUGCUAGUCAGAAACUUUGGUGUCAAACUUUAGGUUUUUAAACGAAGGGCCCAAGUGUGCUGUGUAGAAGAAAUUCCCCCCGUCCAUAUAGGUAUUUCUGAAACCCUAUAUUGAGGCUCACGUGGGGUGUAGGCCUUGUGUUGGUUCUCUACAGAGGGGUGACUCUUACCCUGCGUAUAAACACCUGUUGAUGUGGGUCUUGUGGAGAGAGCACUCACAGUAAUACACCCUCAGGCAAUAGCCAACUGGGGGUGCUACAGAUUCCAUUCAGUCACUUAUAAAAGUGAACGUAGAACAAAGUUGCAGGAGAUCAAACCAGCUCACUUGUAAAAGUACAUGAUUUUUUAUUAGUACAUUGUAUUUUUAGGGAGAAACUACGCUUUCUUGGGCUCAGGCACACCCCAACCGUUCUGAAUUCAUCUGUUCAGCAAGGGUAGCACUGCUCUGAUACCCAGCUAGUUACGUUAUUCAUUUGGUGCAGAAGACCAGUCACAGGACCUCUCAGCUGCUUGGAAUUGAAUGUCUCUGCUUUCCCUCCACCCUUUUAAGAUGCUGCAAGACCAUUAACCUGGGAUAAUUUUUUGUCCUGCUGCCCUCACUAUUGCCCUUUGGUUUGUUUCAUAGUGAAGGAAAUGGACUUGGCCAUUCUCAGUUUGUGCGUGAUCCUUUCUUGAGCUAAGAGCAAGGAAGUUUUCAGUGCUAAUGCACUGCUCUGCGAGAAACCGAAAUACAAGCUUUUUUAAAGUAAAACUCCUAGAAGCUGAAGCAAAACAUCUUUACAACACAGGGAAAUGUAGCCUAGAGUCCAAAUACUGUACCUGACCUUUCCCCUUGACUGAGUGUGGUACAGAGCAGCCUUGCAGUGAUGGCUGACAUAUAUAUGGUCAGUAAAAGCUUGCCAGGAACUAAUACAAUAAGGCAGCCUGGGAGAUUGGAUUGAAAAGCAGGUAAAUAUUUUGCACUUUUGAUACUCUUAGAGGGGGGGAAAUAAUUUAUUGGGCAAAUGUCUUUUUUUUAAUUUUUGUUUUUGUAUUUGUGAACAGGCACUGAUAAUGUCAUUUUGUUUUAAGAUUAUUACAGAUCCGCAACUGAAAUAAACUAUUUUAAUGUGA